UUCCCCAGUUUCUCUUUUCUGGAAGACAAGAAACUAAGGGGAGGCUGAGGAAUUAAAUCAAACAAAUCCAAGCAAGCGAACGAACGAAUGAAGAUGAACAAUAGGAGUUUGAAUGUUUUCUUUUACGCUCUUUUGAUUUCAGUCGUCAUACAGAACUCAACAAGUUACGUGUUUCAAGAUGAAAAUCAGUUGGAAGAAAAGAAUGAAGGACGUUCCGUUCUGUAUCCCUUCCGUAGAAGCAUUUCAAAUACCAUAGGAGAAAUUUCGAAACGAUAUGGUGUUCCUUUUCCUCGGAGUGGGGAAGAGUUUUUGAAGAAUGAAAAGCGUCAAGGACUAAUAACACUUCCACGUAUUGGGCGAGAGCUGCAGUUGGAAGAGGAACUUUUCUUUGGAUUGCUACCAAACGUACACAAUUUGAUUCUGGAAACUCAAGAGCAAAUAAACAAUGAAAAACACCCAGAGGAAUCCCGGCAUGUGUUCCUUCCAAUUUCUAUAGGAAACAGAGAUAAGACUUAUUUGACAAAAAUUGAUUUCUUGGAUACAGCAAAUAGUGCAAAUAAUAUGACAGAAGCAAAUGAAGCUGGCAAUGUUGGAGGAAAAGGUAUUGACACGAGGAUGGAAGAUCUCAUACCUUUAGUGCGUCAUGGACAAGAUGAUUAUUUUGCUCUGGUUGGUGAACUGAGACCGACUGGAGGUAUCAUGCCUUACCCACGCUUGGGCCGUCACAUUUACGAUAAUGCCGAAACUUUAAUCCCAUAUCCAAGAACAGGAAGAAGUAAAGUAGAACCAUUACUUGGUAUAUAUGAUCUUGCUGUUCCUGAAUACGUCUUGGCAGAACCUGAUGGCCCGUUAAAUGCGCUCCACUUCGAAAGCUUACCGUUUGAGGAGAGUAAGAGAAGGGUAGCUUUGAUACCUCGAGUCGGAAGAAAGAAGAGAUCCAUAUCUCAAGAGCAACCUGGCAUCCAAGAUAUUGGAAAAAUAACUGAUGAUGGAGGAAUUGAUGUACCUGUAGGUUCGAAUCAUAAUAUUUGGGAAGCAUUGAAAGAGUUGGAUGAAGAUACUUUCUUAAGGGAAGACAGACAGAAUGCAAGAAGCAGAAGUGGUUUUGUUCCACGAGUAGGGAAGAAAAAAUUCGAUAGCAGUUUUGGAUAUGAAAUAAAGCGGAAAAUGCUCUUCACACCGAGGAUCGGUCGGGCAUCUCUUAUUCCGAGAAUUGGUAGAAACGAUCCAAGGUUUCAAGUGAAAAAUCGUGGUGCUUUCAUUCCUCGGAUCGGAAGAAGUGCUGGAGCUAUCGUUCCUCGAAUUGGUCGAUCAGAAAAGUCACAAAAGAAGGACACCGAUUAGUGCAGUGUUUUGCUUUAUUUUGCAGCAAAAUGAAAAGGAUUGUUUGUUAGUCUCAUCGUUUUAAACAUGCAUGUCAAUGAUGAUUUUAAAUGAAACUAAAAAGGGUAUUUAUGCAUGCCAAACCAAAGAAAUAACAAACCCAAAUUGAUGUAUAUCAAUUGUAGGACAUUCUGUAAUAAAC